AUGGCUGUCAAAUUAAAUGUUAGCAAGAGCACAUUAGGACAGUGGGUAAAGCAUGGCUAUGGCUGGGCUAUUCCUAAUGUGGAUGGCCUCACUGAAGUAAUGCCAGCACAGAGGAAAUCAAAGAACAGGCCCAGAGGGACCAUGGAAACCAAGGCAAUCCAUUCAGUCACAAAGAAAGUGAUGAGGGAUUGCCUUAUCAACAAGAUUAUACCUGCAAUAAAGGCCACGUGGCCUGUUUGGGCAAAUAAAGACAUUUACAUUCAGCAAGAUAAUGCAACCCCACACAUAACAACCAUGUAUCCAGAUUUUCAAGAUGUUGCCAAUUCAGAUGGAUUUAGAAUCCAACUGAUUUGUCAACCAGCUAAUUCCCCUGAUACUAACAUCUUAGACCUGGGCUUUUUUAGAGCAAUUCAGUCACUGCAGUAUGAGAAACCAUGCAAGACCGUGGAUGAACUUGUGGGGAAUGUGUGUAGCUCUUUUGCAGAGCUUUCACCACAAACUCUCAACAGAGUUUUCCUAAGCUUGCAGGCUUGCCUCACUGAAAUCCUACAGUGCAGGGGUGGAAAUGGCUACAAAGUUCCACACAUCAACAAGAAUAGGCUACAAAGAACAGUGGGACUGCCGAAUCAGCUUGAGGUGGAUGAGGAUGUUGUGAGAGAGGUGCUACAUUACUUACAAAUGCCAGAGAACAAUUAUGGGUCAAUGUAUGAAAUAGGCCCUCUGCCAAAUGCAUUUGGCCUCUAA